AUAUGUAUGGGUAAUGAGUUUAUGUACAACUUUGCAUCAAGUUAAUACUUGGUAGUAUAAAAGAAUGAAACAAGUUGAAGACGAGCAAUAUGAAUAUUGAAUACGACAUAUCUGUAUUAUUUUAUAUUCUAGGGACAAACACAAGAAGGGAGUGGCAUUUGGCAUUGUCCUUAGAUUCUGCAAUCUACAACUCAUGGAAGCAUGUACAUUUGGUCAUACCCGAGAUCAUUUAACAUGGAACUAUGUUUAUAUUACCAUUUACCAGUAAUAACCAGCCAACCAACUUACACAGCAACAGCAUUUAAUAUAGUUACCGUUUCGUAUCUUUUCAUCUUCCAAGCUAAAGAAAUAAGAGAGGGCGGUAAUAUCUAUGCUCCUGCCCUAGAUUUACCACUCAUUCCAUUUCUGGACAAUAUUCACUUCUCUUUUUGGCUAUUAUAUGCUACUAAUUCUCAUCAGAGGUCACAGGUGAUGGUCCCCAUUGCAGUAAUACCCUGUUUCUUUCUAGUUGUGUAUUCAUAUUUCACUUGUACUUGUAUUAGGCUUCGUUUUUAAUUCGGGAGUAUGUUUCUCGUUAAAACAAGCGGAGUCUUAUUUUUACGUUAGACUGUAUUAGAGAGUGUUCACAUUAUUAGGACUUUGAAAAAAGGAAGAAGACAUAAGCAUAGGAUUAAUAGCAGAAAAGGGGGGACAGAAAUGUACACGCUGGUAGAACUUUCUGCUUUGAACAACUGAAGCAUAGCUGUGUCCGUUGUUUUACCACUCACUCACUAAAUUCAUCUUCGAGCACUGUGCUUCUCUCUCUUCAGGUUUCUUUCUCUCUCCUCUUCUUCAUUAAUUAUCUUCUACAUUUUUUCCAAAACUCUUCUGCUAUUUUAGAAGUUGAAUUGAUAGAUAAAUAGGGAGAAGAAGAGGAGUUACCGUUAUAAGGUUUAUGGUUGCUUAAACGUCACUGAUUUUGCUGGUUUUCUUCUACUUUCAUUUUCAGCUCUGUACGUGAUAACUCACCCCUUGAGCAGUUUAACUUAGCCGCGCAUUGUGAAAAUUUAAGCUUACCUAGGCUGAAUGAUGCCUGAAAAAUGGCUGCAAAGAGUCCUGGUGCUAUUAAUCGGCUUUCUUCCUUGUAUUUUAGGUGCGUUCAUUGGGAUAGAUAUAGGAACACAUUUAUCUAAAUUGCCCCCUGCAUCAGAAGUGGUUGCAAUUCUUAAAGCCAAUGAGAUUACUCAUGUUCGGCUUUUUGAUGCUGAUUCUCUCAUGCUCAAUGCCCUUGCCAAUACGAGCAUAGAAGUAAUGGUUGGUGUCACAAAUGAGGAACUUCUAGGGAUUGGGCAAUCACCAUCUGUUGCUGCAGCAUGGGUAAAUAAAAAUGUGGCAGCUCAUGUUCCUAACACCAAUAUCACUGCAAUUGCUGUUGGUAGUGAGGUUUUGACUACAAUACCGCAUGCUGCUCCAAUUCUUGUUCCUGCAAUGAAUAACAUUCAUAAAGCUAUUGUUGCAUCCAACUUAAAUUUCAAGGUCAAAGUCUCCACCCCCCACUCCAUGGACAUAAUUUCUAGGCCUUUUCCUCCUUCAACUGCUAUCUUUAAUUCAUCAUGGAACUCCACUAUGUACCAAGUACUUCAGUUCUUAAAGAAUACCAACUCUUAUUUCAUGCUAAAUGCAUAUCCUUAUUACGGGUUUACCAAAGGAGAUGGCAUUUUCCCGCUUGAGUAUACUCUUUUUCAACCUCUGUCCUCAGUCAAGCAGAUUGUUGAUCCAAACACACUGUAUCAUUAUGAUAGCAUGUUUGAUGCCAUGGUGGAUGCUGCUUAUUAUUCGAUUGACGCAUUCAAUUUUUCUGGGGUCUCAGUAGUGGUGACCGAAACCGGUUGGCCAUGGAAUGGAGGAGCUAAUGAAAAAGAUGCCACCGUAAAAAAUGCUCAGACAUACACUAAUAAUUUGAUCAGAAGGGUGAUGAAUGACUCAGGUCCACCUAGUCAGCCAACUAUGCCAAUAAAUACAUACAUUUAUGAGUUGUUCAAUGAGGAUGAGCGUCGUGGUCCUAUCUCUGAGAAAAAUUGGGGGUUGUUCUUCACAAAUGGCUCCUCUGUAUAUCCUGUUAGUCUUAGUGCUUCUGGUCAAAUGCCAGGCAAUUCCACAGGUUCAUUCUGUAUUGCAAAGUCAGGUGCCGAUGAAGACAAGCUGCGGAAGGGUUUGAACUGGGCUUGUGGUGAAGGUCAUGCGAACUGUACAGCCAUUCAGGAAGGCCAGCCGUGUUACUACCCUGAUACUAUAGAAAACCAUGCCUCUUACGCAUAUAAUGAUUAUUAUCAAAGGAUGCAUAGUGUUGGCGGAACUUGUGAUUUUGAUGGUACAGCAACUACGUCUACUGCCGAUCCUAGUUAUGGUUCAUGUGGUUUCACUGGGAGUGCGAAUUCAACUGCUGGGAGAGGAUUCAGUCCCACGGCAUUUGGUCCAGUGAGUCCUCUCACGGGGAGUAGGAGCAGCAUGUUAUAUCCUGAAAUUGGAGUAAUAGUUGGAAUCUUUUUGCAUUGGUUUUGGCUUUGAUAUGCGAAUUGUUGAUUGAAUUUUUGUACCCAAUACAAUACUGAUGAGAUAGAUUGCUUUGUUAGUGACAUCCAUAGGAAUUGAUCACCAGUGUUAUGUCAGUGUUAAUGUUAUUUUGUAUUGAGUCCAGGUAUUCCACUUGUCUGUAAUCAAAUGCAAUUUUUUGCCCUUA